ACGUAUCAGGGCCAUGUUGGACGCUGAUGAACCUUUUAAGCCGGAGCAAGCUUACGAGUAUUUUGUCAACUUACGGAAAACGAAGAGGAAACGAAACAAGAAGCUAAGACAUCAAGGGAAAAGAGAUUUGCUAGCGAUAUGCGAUGAUAAAAGAUUCCUGUGGGCGAGGAACGCGACCGUUGCGUUUGCGCGCGGGAUUCAACAACGUCUUGCGAGGCCUGGGCGUUACGCUCUUGCCGAUGGAAUGCUGUGCCUUUCCAAUUUGAUCUUAAACGACAUUUGCGGCUUUAUGCGAAUGAAGACUCCAUCGCGAACCAGUACGAGUCCAAAAGCAAAGUUCAUGAUGGAGAUGUCUGACAAGAUUGCUGUGUGGAUCGAUGAAAUCCUAACGGAGUCUGAUGAUCGCAUGCUGAUGAUGGACUUUGACGAGGAUGAUGACGUGAUCGCGGCGGACGCGGCCGGAGAUACGAAUUUCACUGAUGAUUUUCUAGAAAUGAUGCAACAUGGUCAAGAUCAACCUUUGAAGCAGACUCCAGCUUAUAAGCAAUUUACUGGUGAUAUGCUUGAAGUUUUUAUAAUUUUAACCAAUGCCAUGUAUAAAGAAGGCGAUGUGACAUUAAUAGAUCACGGCAAGUUUAAACAAUCAUAUUCAGAUGCGGCGAAUUUGCUUAAAGAGACUUCCACAUUUGAUGUCUUGGAAAUAAACAGCGUUGUAGUGAAAAAAAUUAAAAAAUCACUUUCAGAUGUAGCACACCCUCUAACACCGAAGAAUCUAGAAGCUUCUAUGAAAGCCAUGGUCGAUUUAUGCUCGAAGUUCUUAGCUGAGAAUGCUGAUAAUAACAAGGACAAGGGGCCAGGCUUUAAGCUGUUGAUAAGUACAUUACGUAAACAGCCGAAACAAGUAUUAUUUGAAAAGGAUAGGAUAAAAGAAACAUACGAAGGAGCCGCGACAGAGUUAACUAAUGCGAGAAGCUUAGAAAGCGACCACGACGAUCAGGUUCUAACAGAAAAAAUACAAGAGGCUCUGAGGAAAGUGGUUGUAAAGGUCACCCCACACGACAUGCAAACUGACAUGAAUGAAACUAUUGAUCUUUGCUCAAGGUAUUUAUCUGAGGCUGCCAUAGAUAAGUUGGAACGAGGUCCAGCUUUCGAUAUUAUGAUAAAAGAACUAAUUUUCCACGGGGCGAAGCCUUUUAUACCUGAAUUCCAUGACAUAGAUACUAAUUUUGGAGUUGCUCAUGUGUUAAGUAAAGCGCCGGGCUUGUCCAGUAUACAACCAGAUCCACAGUCAAGACCUUUAUUCGAAGAAGCUUUACAUAAAGUCGUCGACUUAGUAACGCCCAAGGUUUUAAAGCAAGAAAUGAAUGAGGUUAUAAAAAGGUGCGCUAAUUAUUUAUCCGGUUAUGUACGGGAUAGAGAGCAUGCUUUGAAGUUACUGGUAGAAACAAUGAGAAAGACGCCGACAAAGGAUCUCGCAAAAAGGGAUGACUAUGCGAUGGCGUACGGAACUGGAGCCGAAGAGACAGAGAAUACACGUAGUUUAGUGCCAUAUUUGCCCGUGAAAGAUAUAGCAGUGGAAAUUAAGGAAAAACUGGCGACUGACGUUAAACCUGUCACUCCAGCACAACUACAUGUACCAAUGAAAGUUCUCGUACGAAAUGUCGCUGAUGUUUUGUCUCAACCGAUUGCUAUGAAAAGUGGCGCUGCGGGUGAAACGUAUCCAAUGGAUUAUUUGAUAGCAGUAGAAAAGUCGAUGGGAACAAAACCACUUUACGAGUACAAAGGCUACAGCGAGACGCACGCGGGUGCAGCAAAAUCAUUGCAAGCUACUCCAGUGCCAGACGACACAAUACAAAAUAAAGAAUUGGAAAAAGAAAUUCGCACUGAAUUGCAAUCAUCGUUGCCGCCAAAAUUAACACCGUUACUUAAUAAAGAAUUAGAUGCUCCCAUUACUGAGGCUGCAAAUAAACUUGCAAAAAUUGGAACUGUGAAAGGUAUCGCCUUUGAACACUUGACAACUGCGAUGAAAGAAAAGGGUGAGGAACAACUCGUCAAAAAGAAGCAGUACGAGGAAUCUUACGCAGCCGGAGGGCAGAGGUUAAUAGACGCCACAAAUCUAGCGACUAAAAAAGUAGAUGAGGCAGCAUACGAAAAAGUCAAAGGUAAACUCGCCAAACUUGUUGAAGAUAAACCACCACCGGAAAAGGCUAAACAGCAGAUGGAAGCAAUAAUUGAGGAAUCUUCAAAGUACUUAACGGCACCACUUGAAGAUGAACAGGAUAAAAGGCGUUUCUUAGCCGAUUUAAUGGGUAGAAAACAAGACGAAGUGUUAGCACAGGAAAAGUCUUACAAAAUCACAUUCAAAGAAGGUGGACAAGAACUUUUAGACGCUCCAGCAAUACCAGCAAAGCCUGUGGAUCUACAACUUAAGACUGAUUUGCAGCAAAAAAUAGGCAGCGUGGUCACUCAAAAGGGUUUGCAAAGUGUAUUAAAAGAUACUGUAUCCGAUGCGGCUAGUAACUUAACAAAUAUUGUAAAAGGAAGGGGAGAAAUUAUAAAAAUUAUACACGAUGAUAUGAGAACUGAAGCACAGAAACCUUUCUUGUCCGUUGGAAAAUUUAACAAGACACACGACCAAGCUGCGGAAAUGAUACACACAGCGCCAAAUUUUAGCACGUCCAAUUUUGCGCCGAAAAUUCAUAGGAAAGUUACCGAUCGUAUUAACGAACUGCCCUUGAAGGGCGUCAGCCAAGCAGCCAUGCCACACGUCCCACACGCAGUGGAUACAGUAUCAAAAUAUAUUGCUGGCGUCGCUACAAAGGAAUGCGGACUGGACCCUAAGGAAAUUGAUGCAUGGGAACCAACCGAAUCCGAUAAACGCCGGAGAAGUAGCAGUUUGCAAUCGAAGUUACCAUCGCAGCCCCGGCUGCCGUCGCAACCGCGGUUACCAUCGCCACCAACUAUACAAUCGCAAGGCCAACUGCAACCGCAACAACAACCGCAAUCGCUACAGCAACUGCAAUCACAAGCGCAAUUGCAAUCGCAAUCGCGAUCGCAACCGCAAGGAUCAACUGAAUCGCAACAGAUACAAAUACGAACUUUCCAGAAAAAAGAAGAACCGAAAAAACCUGAAAGAGAAACAAAAGCCACAGAUGUCGACAUGGACCACGAACAAGCUGUACAAAUUCUGCAACAGAAGCUGAAGGCGAGAGGCGGUGAAAUUUUUUACAAGCAACCUCAUAACGAACUAUCUCACGCGAUGGCAGCUGACUGGAUAUCGGAGCUGCCGCUGACUACGGAUAAAUCUGUGAAAGAGUCGUCGGACACGGGCCGGCUGCAGAAGAAGUUUGAGAGGAAGCUCAGCGCGCUCGUCGCCACGGACACGCCGCCGCAACUCAAAGAUUCCAUGCAAGAUGUUAUUAUUGAAUCUUCAAGGAAUCUCUCCGAAAAAUUUAUGUCCAAAAGUUACAAAGUGCUGGCGCGGGAGGCUGUUAUUUCCGAGAUGCAGAAUCGCGGUAACGAGAUCCUAGCCGAAGUCGGUGCUGACACCGAAUCUUAUUUCUACUCGGCUCAAAGGUUAAAGAAAAACAAAAACAUUGAAGCGAACGCUCCACGAGAAAUGAUACAAGAGCAGUUGACACAGAAAUUAGGGGAAAUGAUAAAAGGCCGAGGCACACCGCGUAAAGUGGCUCCGUAUAUAAAAGAUUAUGUUCAGACGACAACCGGAUAUCUUUCCGAACAUGUAACUAUACCAGACAAGGAAAUCGAAGCGUAUAUCGCAUUACUUACGGAAGCCGAGGUGGCUGGCGACACCCCACUCGUCGAAGGAAAAAUACAUAAAACGCAUGCUGAAGCAGUUGCGUAUUGGCGUAAGCUGACAACAUUCGAUGAUGAAAUAAACAGACGAGACGGCACGCUGCAGUCCUCUAUAGAAAACAAGCUGAGGAAGGUGAUGGAAGAUGUCACACCCUCGGGUUAUGAUAAAACAGAUCUCAACAAUGUUAUCCAGCGAAAUGCUGGACUUCUUACAUCUUAUGUCAAACUUCAGGAGGAAAAGUCAGAAGCUUUAAAAAUAUUAGUAGAACAAAUGGACAAAGAAAAAGACGCUGUACUUUUGCGUCAUGGCACAUUGCGUAAGACACAUCUUGACGGCGCUAACCUCUUACGAACAAAGACAGCUGAUCAAUUGAGUGUAACCAAUGUAGAUCCUGUCGUGUCGAGAAAAAUACAAAUUAAACUGAAAAUAUUAGCAAACAAAAGUUUUGCAACAAAUAAGUACAAAGAUCUCAUAGAUGAUGUAGUUGAUGAUGUCACGAAUUAUCUUGCCGUAUACUUCUUGCAACCAGAAGUCAUCCAAGUUUGUAAAUGCAUGAAGAAUGUCAUCGUCCAAUGCGAAUUAUGGUGCGAAGGAAGCUUAAGAAGGAUCGGUCGAGUUUGUUCUAGAAGAUCCCGUCACGUGUCAAUCCAGGAUGUAUCAGACGUGUGCCCCGGGCGCGCCAUGCAGCUGGGCCCCUGCGGCCCGCGCAUCUGCGGCUCCGGCGUAGAGAUAUCCAUCAGACAAUGUCCACUGAAACACGCAAAGUCCUCACAAACCUGUCCCGUCACCAAACCUUCACCUGGCUGCGGGUCAAACAUCACCGCUGGCUAUGUUUUGUACCCUUCUCCUGGAGGACCUUUCGACAAUAUCCCUACGAAACUCUCCGCAUCAGAAUGUUCAGAAGAAUUGACAAUAUUUACCGCGGAAACCGAUGCCGUUUCUACAACUUAUAAUCCAUCUUGCAAAGAUGUACAGUUAUCUGAUUAUGUUGAAAGUCAACCUUUUCGAGCACCAUUGCCGUUUGAAAAGAAAACCUUACCAAAUUUUAGAUCUCUGCAUAUGUUUGGAUCGACACCAACUGUGAUAGUUGCUCGUGAAACGAAUUCAAGUGUGACGGGCAGACCCAAGAUCCAGCCGCAAAGUUCAUGGACGACCCAGACUAGAAAUAUUUAUAGUUCUCGGACGCCGAUUGUAACGACGGAUCAAAUGACCGACUGGCACUCUAUGAUGGUCAGCAUUAUGUGGAAUGUGCAAGCCUGGAAGACUUGGAUAUAUAACAGUAUCAAGAAAAUUUUAACUUUUCAAGAAAACAGUGAUUUAGAAUUGGAUAAAACUUGGAUAAACUUCCAAAGAACAACUACAACUGAGAUUUUACAAUGGACUCAAUACAAGUCUUUUAGCCGACAACUAAUUAUACGUAUUGCUUCAAAAUACAAAAACAAGAAGAUUGUAUCACCGACAAGAACUACGGUCAAAACUAGAAAUUUUAUCGACACUCACAAUGAAAUGUUGGACCUUAUCGAAAUGUUUAACAGAUGGACACAUUGGUUGACAGAUGCUAUAAAAGAGACGGACAUGCUACGACAAUAUAAGGAUUCAUCAUCCGAACGAUGGCGAAUACUGAAAGAGAGAGUUAAAGAACACUUGAAAGAGUGGGAGCAAUGCAAUGACCGUUUAUGUAGUCCUUGGGAAUCAAGAUUUAAAAAACAGUUAUCAGGUUAAUUUUUUCCUGUUUUCUCUUUGUGU